AUGAUGCUUCAGAGAGAUACUCUGUAUGAGGACAAGGGAGAGAAAGCAGUCUUCCCAGAUUUGGUCCAAGCCAUCCCUGUAAGCAUCCACGUCAAUAUUAUUCUCUUCUCCAUGAUUCUUGUCAUCUUAACCAUGGUGGGGACAGCCUUCUUCAUGUACAAUGCUUUUGGCAAGCCCUUUGAAACUCUGCAUGGACCACUGGGGCUGUAUCUGAUCAGCUUCAUUUCAGGCUCCUGUGGCUGUCUUGUCAUGAUAUUGUUUGCCUCUGAAGUGAAAAUCCACCGCCUUUCAGAGAAAAUUGCAAAUUUUAAAGAAGGGACCUAUGCCUACAGAACGCAAAAUGAAAACUAUACCACCUCAUUCUGGGUUGUUUUCAUUUGCUUUUUUGUUCAUUUUUUGAAUGGGCUCCUGAUACGACUUGCUGGAUUUCAGUUCCCUUUCACAAAAUCUAAAGAAACAGAGACUACUAAUGUAGCUUCAGAUUUAAUGUACUGAAAAGCAAAUAUCUCCAUAAUUUCUCAAUAAGGAAAUGGACUUUCUUUGGCCACAUUUAGAUGUGGUUGAUUUCAUCUGUGCGUUUAGACUUCUUAAGCACCGAGUCCUCUUUAUGUUAUGUUUACAGAGCAUGUAGUAAGGAUUCCAGCUGGAAAAUAAGGAAAGCAGAAGGAUGGUUUCAGAAAGGUGUUCUGCCUGGUGGGAAACUGCAGGCAUAGUUAGUCCAAAGCAGUUGGCCAGAUGGCCAGAUGGUUACUCUAAGUCCUUAUUGAAUGAUUAGAUGCAUGUCCUACCAAGGAGAAUUCAACAGGCACGUGGCAUAUAGUUUAAUAAAACAGAUGUUAUUUC